UCCUAAAACGAGAGACACUUCCUGCGUUCGGCGGGCUAAUGUAGGCACUCCCAUUCGCUCCCAGAUCGUCUCUGGCCAGUGACACUGACGCUUUCUGCCGAAGGAUCUCGGACAGGUGCGCGCCCGCAAGAUCAACAAGGGUACUGCUGUUUGCCUGUGCACCAAGGAACACGGACGCAGUGUAGCACAGUGGGUAAGGAACUGGGCUCGUAACCGAAAGGUCGCAGGUUCGAUUCCUGGUGAACCCCUGAGGCAACCCUGAGUCCCUGUCACUGCGGCAGGAUGAACUGCCCUCUCCACUUCCUGGGGAUGAUCGUUCUCUUCCACACCACGUCCGCUAAUUGCAAUACGAAUGGCAAUGAAUCGCGUGUGAAAGCAUUUGAGCAGAUGGUGGACGUAAAUGAAAAUCUUCCAGGGAAAAGCUAUCAAGAGAGCAUAAGAGCUAUAGAAGCGUUGGAGAAAGUUCUGGAAAGCACCAAAUUCAGCAGGAACGUCUCCUGUACCACGGGGAAUCUUGUGGUGCAUCUCUACAAUGCCUCUGGAAACUUCACAGGUCUGAAUAUUUCAGCCAAUGAGAUGAAGGCUUCCUCAGCGAAGGGCGGAGUCGGGAACAGCUCCGUCGAUGUGCACCUGCCGAAAACUCUGCUAAAUCCCAAAGAGAACAGGACCAUCGUCUUCUGCAUGAUCACCAUCCCCUAUAUGUUUGAGAAGCAGAAUUUCACCGUGCUCUACGGGCGAGCCGUAGGACUGAGCGUCAGCAACAGGACGGUCACGGGCCUCACGGAUCGGAUCAACAUCACCUUUUUCCUGCGGGACCCCUCACCACUACAGGAGGGUAAAUUACCACAGUGCCACUUCUUAAAUUUCUCCACCAAUGCCUAUCACAGGGACGGCUGCCUCACCAUCUGGAAGCGGGAGGAAGAGCGGCUCGUCUGCUCCUGCGAUCACCUGACCUAUUUCUCCGUGCUUCUGGUGAACCCAGAGACUUCAGAGAGGGACCGGAACAUUCUCACCUACAUCACUCUGAUUGGCUGCAGCAUCUCCCUCCUCUUCCUGGUCGGCACACUGUUCGUGUACGUCCGCGACAGGAGAAUGCUGGCUGACGCAUCGCCGAAGGUUCACCUCAACCUGGUCGUAGCCCUGAUCAUGCUCAACAUCCACUUCCUGCCCAGCCAGCUGAUAGCGUCGCUGCCCGUCUCUGGCCCUUGCGUUUACCUGGCCGUCAUGCUCCACUACUCCCUCCUGGCCACCUUUACCUGGACGGCCAUCGAGGGCUUCCACCUGUACCUGCUGCUGGUCCGCGUCUUCAACAUCUACGUCAAGAGAUACCUGCUCAAGCUGGGCCUGGUGGGCUGGGGUGUCCCUGCUGUAGUCGUGGCCAUCAUCCUCAUCAUCGACAGAGACAUUUACCAGCGCGUGACCCUUCCCUCCACUGAUAACAGCACCUCCUCUGCCCAAAUCUGUUUCCUGCAGGACAGCGCGGUGAGGCGGUUCAACCUGGCGUUCUGCGGCCUGGUGUGGGCGUGCAGCCUGGUCAUGCUGGCGCUGACGUGCCGGCUGAUGCUGGCGCUGCGAAGGGACCGCAUGCCCGGGGGGAGGAGCCGCGCCCGGAAGGACGUCUGCGCCGUCCUGGGCAUCGGCUGCCUGCUGGGCAUCACCUGGGGCCUGGCCUUCUUCUCCUUCGGACCCCUGCCGCCCGCGCCCGCCCUCUACCUGUUCUGCAUCCUCAACUCGCUGCAAGGUUUCUUCGUCGGCCUGUGGAUGUGCGUCUCCAGGCAGAGGUCCGGCGCCGCCCCCCCCGGCGGGGACUCUCAGGCCACCAGAUCCACAGACUCCCAGAGCAAGCACAUGCUCCGGCAGGACCCCGGGAGCCGGGGCGGCCGGGGGGGCCAAGAGCCGGGCCACGCCACAAAGACCGCCUCGACCUAUGCAUUGAGUACUAGUUAUUGGAAAUACAGAACUCUCAGAUUUGCAUUUAACAAAUGGGAUUUGCAUUGUGCGAACAGAACCCAUCAGUUCCGCCUCUAUGAUUCAGUCUCAAGAGGGAUCCGAAGAGGAACGCGCCGUCCCCCUCUAGUUCGAAGAGCGUCAGCAAGCAGGAUGAUCCAUUGGACACUUCCCCUAAUUGUACUCUUUCUGCCAGUGGUGGCUAAAGAUCUGACUUUUAUUUUUAAUAACAACACCAGUGAGAUAACUUUGAAGGUAUUCGAUGACAUCACCAUCAUUGACAGUAUGCAAAGCAGCCUCAGCUGCAAAUGGGGGAAUGUGCCCUGUUAUGUGGAAUGUGCCAAUGUCACUGUUUCUGGAAACUACAUUGCAAAUAAAAGCCUAACCCUAACCGAAGAUGUAAUUUCAGCAUAUAAGGGAUCCAAUGCCUUCAAUAUCACAGCUGGUUCAUUGGACUGUGAAAUCACCAAGUGCAUGGAUGUUCCAUUCAGGGCUUUAUUAAACAGAGCACAGAACCAAAGGCUUCCGGGAGCCAAAAAUUUAAAAAGGGUGUUGAAUAUGAAAAACAUGUGCAGCAACCUGUUUGACCGUGCAGAAGUAAAGAGAGCCUACAUAGGAACUGAGCGAGCCCUGAUCAGACUGCUACUGGAGACUCCUUACGAGGGAGAGGAGAUCGUCUACAACCUGACCGACAUAGCGGUGAAAGUGACCAAGGCGAACUUGAGUAGGCCGAACCCGACUGAGGGCUACAUCACCAUCGAUGCUCCUCUGCUGUCGUAUGAACACCUGAACUGUACACCACAAACACGGAUACCUACCAAGAUCUUCCAGAAUACUUCAGAGGAGAAACGGAAAGUGGCGGUAGUGGCGUAUCACACUUCAAAGCAGUUCUUGUUCGGCACCGAGAGCCCUUGGACCAUGCUGAUCCGGGUGGAGCUGCUGGAAGAAGAGCGCGCGGCAAAGCUGGACGAUCCGCUUCGGAUGAGGUUCCCCGUCUUCAACACGUCCAUCGAUCCGGCAAUUCAUGCCUUCGAGUGCCAGUUUUACGACGAGUCGGGUGGAGAAUACUCAACCUGGAGCAAGCGGGGCUGCAGUACCACUGUGCACGAAGGGGGCGUGCUGUGCGCCUGUGACCACAUGACUCCUUUCGCGGUGCUCCUGGUCCCAGCGGAGAGCAUUGAUUGGAGGACCUGGCAGAUCCUGUCCGUCAUCAGCUACGUGGGCUCCGCGCUGUCUGCCUUCUUUAGCGCCGUCUCCGUCCUGACCUACGUCUUCAUCAGGAACCCGUCGCAGGACCACUCCGCCUCCAUCCACGUCUCGCUGAGCGGCGCGCUCUUGCUGCUCAACGGCAGCUUCCUGCUGAACGAGUCGCUGGCCAGGACGAACGUCAUGCCCCUGUGCCUGCUCGUGGGCCUGCUCAUGCACUACGGCCUGCUCUGCAGCUUCACCUGGAUGGCCAUCGAGGCGCUGCACCUCUACCUGCUCAUCGUCCGGGUGUUCAACACCUACGUCCGCUCGUACGUCGCCAAGCUGUCCGUCAUCGGCUGGGGCGUCCCUGCUCUGGUCAUUGGAAUUUCAUUCGGAUUUAAAAGCCACCCAAACGAGCUUUAUGGCUUGAAGAGUAUAACCUUGGGGAACUCAACCAGCUCACUCUGCUGGAUCACAGAGGAGUGGUAUUUCUACGGGCUGAACAUCACCUAUUUCGCGCUCAUCUUCCUGUUCAACAAUGGCAUCCUGCUGACCGUGACUGUGAGGAUAUGUCAGAUGAGCAGGAUCGGGCUGAAGGGGAAGAAGGGCAGAACGGUCCCCUGGAAGCAGGUGUGCACCGUGCUGGGCCUCACCUGCCUGCUGGGCACCACCUGGGGUCUGGCCUUCCUCAGCUACGGACCGCUCAGCAUCCCCAUGCAGUACCUCUUCUGCAUCUUUAACUCCCUGCAAGGACCUCCAGGAAGGCCCAAAGAGAGGCGGCUUCAAAAUCAUCAUAGGCGUCAUGCACACCUGUACCGCCAAAGCCGCACAGACGCAGCGUCCCAGUAUGACCCUGUGUGCGUAACCACGCCCUCUCCCAAAGAAGAAGAAGAGAAGAAAUGUUUUAUAUAUCACCGCAAGGACAAUAAUGUCAAUAUAUAUUCAACCCCGUUAUUGGCCACUAUUGACCCAGGGUCAUGCAAUACCACGGAGACAGGUCCUACUUUUGUGGAACGGCUUAGUUAUUAACUAUUACCAUGGAGAUGACCUAUAUUUUUAGUCACACUCGGAGCCCUGGAAAGUGAGCGUUGCAUCAAUGGAGGAUUGUGUGUGCAGUUACAUGAAUAUUGUAAAAAAAAAAAAAUUAUAAAAAUAAAAAAAACUUUAAGAAUUGCCUCAAAGUAGAGGAACAGCCGCUAGCUGGUUGUUCCAUCAUAUUAACAUUAUACUAUCGACUAGGCUACUUUAGAUAUUACUCGCAUUAAUAAAUGAUCUUAUAAUUUCA